AGCGGAAUUUAUAACGUUAGAUUACAGCAAAUACAUUUAAUAACUUUUGCUACCAAACUGACCUUGCUGCAAACAUAGUUUAUGUGCAGUUAAAUGUGGUUAUUUAGUUAGCCACAAUAGAGGUCGGAAUCAGUAACGUCACAACUAGUGCAAAAAGCUAGUUAGCUAACGUCGGCAUUACUCCGAACAGCAACUCUGCAGUUUGUUAUCAUGAGGUUUGGUGAGAUGGAAGUAACCAAGUGGUGAAAGUGGACCAACCAACACACGUCUAUAAUCGUUACCCAGACUGAAAACCGAGUUUACUGACACUGGCACGUGUAGUAGACAGAGACGGACGUUACAUGAGCCCGUGAGCUGCCACUCUCUUCCGCUCUGUGAAGUGCCAGUCCAAAGGUGCCUGCUCCUCAGUUCACUGAAAAUAAAGGACUGGUAACACAAACAUGGCCGAAUCUAUAGUGAAAUUUCAGUCACAACUUUCUGGUGUCAUGGAAACUGUUUUCAAAGCUGCCAUGUAUGAGAUCACCCGGCUAGUGGAGGAGAGUUUUUUGGAGGAGGUGACCCGGUGCAGGGAGCAGGUGGAGUCCCUGAAGAGGCGGCUGAAAUGGUCGGAGAGCCGACGGAAAGAAAGAGAGGGAGACCGGACGGGGAGAUGUACCGACUGCGGACGAGUCGGGCCGCCCGGUGAAGAAGACCCCAGCGCCACAGAUAAAGGUCUUAAACAGGAGAGUGUGCUGCAAGAGAUAAAUGGCUGUCAGAGCACUGAUGGAGAGACUAGUCAUGAAGCGAAAGAGGCAAGACCAGAGGCCCACAGUGUCAUGAAGACACUACAGUGUCAUGGUGUACAGGCUGAAAAGCUGGAUAGGCUCCUCAAGGAGGAAAUCCUUCGGAUCACACCAGAAACAAAUGAGUCCCAAGAGAGAUGGGGAGUCAGUUUGGAUGAAACGGAGGCCCCAGGUCUGCCAGGGCCCAGUAAACAUUGCAGUGACCAGAAGAUCACAAAGUGUCAUGUGAACUGGGAAGCUGGUUAUGACCAGAAGCCAGAGUCAGACCAAGAUGGACACUCAGGUGACCCAUCUGAACCACUUUUUCAGGGCAGGUAUGGUAUGGAUGAUCUGGGUGGCUUUGACAAGACUGGCUAUGGAGACUCCAGUAUGAUAGCCAUGGAUAACUUGGGUGGGUUACAAAGAUCCCCAUCCCACCUGGGUGAGGACCUGAGUUACAUGGGGCACUAUGAGGGGGAUGUGGAGGCACCAGAAGAGGCAGAGCAUCAAGUUUACCAAACAGGUGCCGCACGGAGUAGACGGAGCAUGGUCGGCUUGCCUGCACGCUCUCCCACAAGGACUAACAUUGACGUCAGUGGAGAGCUCAGCUGUUUAUUGAUCAAUGAAGAAGGGUAUUUACAGGACUCAAGUAUCUUGUAUCCCGAAAAUGUUUCUGGGGAUUCAGGCGGCAGGUUGAACUUCAAGGGCCAGGGCAUUCGCAUUGACCCAUCUUCAGACAGCACAGGGGACACAUAUGGAGCAUCAGAUCUAUACGGUGAUACCUUAAACCUGGGAGAGAGACUUCAGCAUCAGGCAGGAGGAAGAGGAGUUAGGAGACAUACCUGUAACCAGUGCUCCAUGUCCUUCCCUGAUUCGACCUCACUAAAGGACCACAAGCAGACACACAAAGGCACUGGGCAAGUGCCACCAUACCCCUGCACCCAGUGUGGAAAGACCUUCACCCAGGCCUGUAACCUCAAAGUCCACCAGAGAAUUCACUCAGGGCAGGGCCUCCACCUCUGCAGCCAUUGUGGUAAAGGCUUUUCGUCUUUCUCUGACCUGAAGACACACAAGUGUGGCCAAACAGGUGACAAACCUUACUGCUGCACUGUGUGUGGGAACAAGUUCAGCCGCCUCUGGAAUCUCAAGUUGCACCGGAGAAUUCACACACAGGAAAAACCUCAUCAAUGCACCAUGUGUGACAAGAGCUUCACACGAGCAGACAUAUUGAAAGUUCACCAGCGAACCCAUACAGGGGAACGUCCAUACUGCUGCACUGUCUGUGGCCUCAGCUUCAAACGCCUCGAUCAUCUGAAAUCACAUCAACGCAAGCACAUAUAAAGCAUCAGUCAAUUUAAAUUUGUUAAUUGUAAGAAGAGAUUUAAACAUGAAUGUUGUUACUAAGGGUUCAUGGGUGUUUUUUUUUUCUUCUUUUCAAUUUCUUUGGUUUUUAUUUGAAAAAAAAACAUUUAUUGGUAUGACAAAUAUACAACACAGAAAAAAAUAUGAAAUAUCUCUUAUUUGUACCCAUUUAUACUGCAUUUCGUUACUGUAAAAAUGACUGAUUUGAGUAAUUUUAUCUUUGCAAUUACAUUACUACAACUGAGGAAUAGGGCCAUGUUAAAGAAAAACAAACAGUAGAUUUUGAGAAUUAAGUCACAAUAUUACAACAAUAAAGUCACAAUUUCAAGAAAAUAGUUGUAAUAUUACAAGAAAAAACUUGUACAAUUAUGAGAAAAAAGUUAAGAUAUUAUGAGUGUAGGAUUACAACAGAAACACUACAUAAAUGUAGGAUGUUUGUAUGGCUGGCUGGCUCUGGAGUUAGGUGGACAAGAUGAAAUGUUGAAGAAGCUCAGGAGGCAGAAGUCCGUGCAAAAAAGUUGAUUGAUUAACCAAAACUUCCAAAUGAGACAGUGAGCAACAAAAGUCCUGUGAAAAAAAACUAAGUGGGGUGUCCAGUGGCUUAGUGGAUUAAGCAGGCACCCCAUGUAUAUUGGCACUGUCCAUGCCACAGCGAUCGCAAGUUCAAGUCCAGCUCGCGGCCCUUUGCUGCAUGUCAUCCCCUCUCUCUCCCCCUUUCACGCUGCUGAUCUGUCCUAUCU